GCAACGCAGAGAGAUGGUCCACAUGGACAAGGGUCACCUGUUGGUGCUGCUGCUGCUGCUGCUGUGGAGCUCAGAACUCCAGACUGAAGGAAAACACAACUCAGAAGAGUCUGUCAGGUUGGAGGGAGGUCGCUGCACAGGAACACUGCAGCUGAAACAUCAUGAAGAAUGGAGGCCAGUGAAUGACUUGGACUCUGUCUGGACCCUGAGGACAGCAGCUGUUGCCUGCAGAGAGUUGGACUGCGGCUCUGCUGUUUCUGUAGAACAGAGAAAAGAUUUCUCAUACAGAUCUGUGUGGGACAUCAGGUCUUACUGUGUAGAGUCAGGAUCUGCUCUGAGUGAGUGUGCAACAUCAUCUUUCUCUUACUACCUCCUGGAUCUCACCUGCUCAGACUCUGUCAGGUUGGUAAAUGGGACCAGUCUGUGCUCAGGCAGACUGGAGGUGAAGACCCAGAGGUGGUCCUCAGUGUGUGAAGCUGACUUUGACCAGCAGGAUGCAGAGGUUGUCUGUAGGGAACUUGGCUGUGGGGCUCCUUCAGUCCUCCAGGGGAUGCUCUUUGGAGAAGUGGAGGGUCCAAUGAGGACCAAAGAGUUCCAGUGUGGUGGCAAUGAGCGUGCUCUCCUGGACUGUAGAAGCUCAGGCUCAGAUAGAAACAACUGCUCAUCUGGAAAAGCUGUUGGACUCACCUGCUCAGAACCCGUCAGGUUGGUGGGAGGAAUCGGUCGUUGUACAGGGUCACUGGAGGUGAAACAUCAGGGAGACUGGAGACCAGUGAUUGUUUCUGGCUUGAUCACAGAGGUAGGAGCUGUUGCGUGCAGAGAGCUGGGCUGUCUUUCUCCUGUUUCCGUAGGAUGGAAGAAAGAGUCCUCAGUCCGAUCUGUGUGGAUGAUCAGCUCAGACUGUGUUCAGUUUGGAUCUACUUUGAGGGAGUGUGCAGUGUCAUAUUCCCAUUCCUCUAUCCUGAAUCUCAUCUGUUCAAGCUCAUCAGUGACACAAGGCACAGAUUCGAGGCCUUUUAUCAUCAAAGCGGUUGUCCUGCUGCUGACUUUGCUGCUGGUGAACGUGGCUCUUUACUUCUACUAUAAGGCCAGCAGGGGACGGCAGACAGACACACAGGAGGACAUUGAGCUAAAUGAUUAUCACCUGGGUGUUCCUGCAGUAGAAGAAGGGCAAACUGAAGAGGAAGGAACAGAGUAGCACCUCCAAAGAGCUCCUCUCACAUCCAGAUGGAUGUGAGAGGAGCACAAAUUAUUAUGUUACGUUAUAUACUAUAAAGCUCACAGCUCGAAGGCCAUUGGUUCCCACUGAAAGCGUACAAACGCCUGAGACUUUGAAAUUACAAUUCAAAACUAGAAACAAUGUUGGAAAAACUAUAUUAAAUAAAAACUUGAAACAUUGACAAAAUCCUCUUAUUUAUGUAUUACAAUAUUCAAAGCAAAUUAAAUUGAGUGACAUUUGAAUUAAAUCCUGAGAAAACAGAGAACUUAGAGCCACCUUCUUCAUACCUAAACAACAGAAUAGGUUGAUUGCCAGUGAUUCCUAAAACGACACAGACUGUCGCACAUUGCCCGUUUUAAACAUGUGACCAUAACACGUGACUGCGGUGGAUAUUUUGAUCAUGUGACCAUACUAUUAAACAUAAUGAACUGUUUAAGAUAGCUAACAUUGUAAACUAUUUAGGGAGGGUUAGUAAAACAUCAGGGAUUGGCUUAAAAUGAAGAAUGCUACCUCUUUUGCAGAAUUUGGUUGUACUUUGCCAUCUCACUUACUUAUUAAUAAUUACUAGCCUCACAACCUAACAACAAAUGUUGUUAUGAGCUGCUUACACAAUCACCCCACAAGAUUUUUUUCUUGCAGCUGGAGAUCUGCACAUACAGGGUUGGUGAACCAAAUCUGGUGCCAAGUUGAGAAUCAGUUAGCAUUUGUGAUUGAUUAAAGAAAUACAAUGCACUAAAGUCAUGUACCUCACAAACAAAGUACAAAUCGGUAUUUUUUCUAAACAAAUGUCAUGCUUUUUUUUAUAACAAAUGUUUAUUUUUGUACAGGAAUUUACUUGAUUUUGUAAUGGAUUGCUUAAUUUCAUACUUAAAGGAAUACUAUGCUGAUUUUAAAGCAACUCUGUAUCAUGUCAUGUUAGCUUGCUAGGUUAUAUAUCACCAAAUAUAGCAUAUUCUGCGUUAGAAAAAGGCCAUAAGCCAAAAUGAAAAGUAUAAUUCAGGGUAAGAGGGUUACAAGUUCUGGGUUUAGAUCUUAUUUAUAAGAUAUCGGUGGUACCGGACUCAUACAAUGACAGUUAUGUAGAAUGAUUACUGAAAUGUAGCAGUUUUACAUAUAUAUUUUAAUUCAUGAUUUUAACUUUAUAUUUUUGUACUUUUUUUACGCGAUGUAUCUCAUAUCAUAUCAAGAUUUCUUAUUAACUC